GCCCUGCUGCUUUCCCCCCUCACCCUUCUCUCUACUUAUCAGCUCCGUCUCUGACGCUGCUCUUUUCUUCUCCACCGAGUGUAUGUGAGUGCAUGUAUGUGUGAGUUUGAGAGAGAGAGAGAGAGCAAGAGAAAGAGAGAUAGAAAGAGAGAGAAAGAGAGAGAGUCUGCGCGAGUGUGAGUGUGUGUGUGUGUGCGUCUGCAUGCACGCGUGUGUUGUGUGGGGAACCGAGCAGCAGCAGCAGCAGCAGCAGCAGCAGCAGCCGCGUCUCCGCCGUAGCUCAACUUCUCCUCACGUUACAAGGUGGAAAACGUAAUGACUUUGGCUCGAGCGUCGCGUGCUUUCGCGGCCGGUGCGUCGGGGAUCUUUAAUCUGGCUUCUCAGAUGGUUGGAUAUAAGACCUAAUGGCGUUUCCUCGCGCACCUUGCAGCAUUUGGAAGUUGAUUGAAAUUCCACUCAUCGCCGCAGAUGACUAGGUAAUCAGCCGGCACCAGAGGGGGAAGUAUAAUCAUUUCUGUGGGUUUUCUUUUUCUUUUUUUUUUCUUUUUUUUUUGGGGGGGUGGUCCUUUUUAUUCUUUGUCUCUUUCCUCUUUCGUGCCUUUUUUUUGUUGUUGUUGUUGCACAGCUGCACGAGCGGAUGAGCGGUCACUUAACUCAGAUGACCGGGAAAGGAUAAACAUGUUGGCGUUCGACACAUUUCUGCUCAUCUCUGACAUUUCUGGAUAUUUCGUCGCCUUCAAGUCGGCUUCAGAACAUCGAGAGGCAUCGAGGGGCAUGAUGAUGAGAGAUCCUUUGUAAACAUCUAAAAAGAAAAGAAAAAAAUUAUUGAAGAUGUAUUGGGAUGUAUUGGUUCUCUGUUCUGUUCGACUGGAGUAAGCUGUUCUUUUCCCUUUUCGCCUUUUGUCACCUGCUGUUGAGAAUCGGAGUUGGGAUUGUUUUUCCUUUCGUUGUAUUUUUCUUCCUUCCUUCGUUCAUCGUCAACGAGGUGCUCGUUUAGGAGCUCGUUAUCUUUUUUUUUCUACCUCUCAUUUGCAAAAAAAGUGGAAGCAGACGUUUCAUCACGGACAGCCACGGCGAAGGAUGGGCCCUCUCUUCCCUGCUGCCUGCAUCGUGCUGCUGGCCGUGAACGCCGCUGUGCUGCAGGCCGAGGACUACCCCGCGGACGAGGCCGAGGCCGAGCGGGGGACCACCAACGACAUACUCUUCGAUGAUUACAGGGGCAAAGGCUGCGUGGAUGACAGCGGCUUCGUCUACAAGCUCGGCGAGCGCUUCUUCCCCGGCCACUCGAACUGCCCGUGCGUGUGCACGGAGGACGGGCCGGUGUGCGAGCAGCCCGAGUGCCCCAAAAUACACCCCAAGUGCACCAAGGUGGAGCACAAUGGCUGCUGCCCGGAGUGCAAGGAGGUCAAGAACUUUUGUGAAUACAGAGGGAAGACGUACAAAAUCCUGGAGGAGUUCAAGCCUUCGCCCUGUGAGUGGUGUCGCUGUGAGCCCAACAGCGAGGUGCACUGUGUGGUGGCUGACUGUGCAGUCCCGGAGUGCGUCAACCCAGUGUACGAGCCAGAACAGUGCUGUCCCAUUUGUAAAAACGGUCCGAACUGCUACGCCGGAACGACGAUCAUUCCAGCCGGCAUAGAAGUGAAGGUGGACGACUGCACCAUCUGCCGCUGCCACAACGGAGACUGGUGGAAGCCGGCACAGUGCUUGCGGCGAGAGUGCCUCAACGGCCAGCCGUCGUCGUAAACACCCCCUCCGGAGCGGGGAGGAGGAGGGGCACACGAGUGACAGCGCCGCCCGGCACCGGGGCGGCACAUCUAGGGACACUGGAGGAUGGACUGGCAGGAGCACAAUAUGCCUGGCAAAACUGAGGCUGCUGAGCGAGCUGAGACACACUGAGAUAAUUCAUACAUACACAAAUACACAAUACAAACACACUCCAGACCUUGGCAACGUGUCAGAUGAGUAAAGGAAAGGAAACAUCAGAAGACACUGUUUGUUUUUGUUUGUUUGUUUCUAUAAUGGUUCCAUCCCACUUUGAUUUCUUGCUAACGCUGCUGAACCUCACAAGUUUAUACGCUCUCGUGACUCAGAGAGGGAGGAAGAGCUGCUUCGAAUUGAAGAUAUUUGUCAGAGAGAUCAUCUGUGUGUUGUUUUUGGCGGUUUACAGCCGCAUUCACAAACCUGGGAGGCUCCUCGUGUAGGGAUUUUUUUUUAGCUCAUGCUAUUACAUCCAGAAAAUGAAAAAAAAAAGAA